AUGGGCCUUGGGAUCCUGGAGGAUUCCCGCCACGAGCACGUCCCAGGAACCUCUUUUAUCCUCGACGAUGACAGCAGCACGUCAGAACAGCUCGGCCCCAUCCCAACCCUCAAAUACGACCGCUCAGGUCCCGUCCCCAUCAUCCUCGUCCCUCAACCCAGCGACGACCCAAAUGACCCCUUGAACUGGCCCCUCCACAAGCGCGACACUAUCCUCGCAAUCCUCUCCCUCGCCUCCGUCUUUUGCGCAACAACCAGCCCCCUGCUGGCUGCAAACACCGCAACCAUCGCCAUUGGCUUCAGAAUUAGCUUCACAAAAGCAGCCCUACUGACGGGAUAUCAUCUCUGUGGCGUGGGUGUGGCCGGUUUGCUCUUCGUCCCCUCUGCACGGGUAUGGGGGAAACGCCAUCUAUACCUGCUAGGAUGUGUGAUUAUGAUAGUCAGCUCCGCGUGGGGAGGGGCUAGUCGCAGGUCCUAUACGAGUCUGCUGUGGGCGAGGAUUUUUCAGGGCAUCGGGUUGGCGCCGUUUGAGGCGUUGGUUAAUGCGAGCGUUGGGGACUUGUUUUAUGUGCACGAACGCGGCAAACGCAUGGCGCUGUCCAACGUAGCCCUAUUCGGCGGCUGCUUCCUAACCCCCGUCAUCGUCGGGAAACUCACCGCUUCACUGGGCUGGGAAUGGUCGUUUUAUCUCCUGGCCAUCUUCUCUGGCGUCUGUUUGCCAUUUCUCGUCUUUUUCGUGCCUGAAACGGCUUUCAGGAGACCUGACCACUUUAAUACGGAUAUUGAGGGGGAGACUUCAUGGACAAGAGUGCCUAAAGAGGCUCCUACGACGACCCGACAGUCCGGGGACGAGUCUAAAGAGGAACAUGAACAAGACCAACAGCUGGAGCAAGAACAAAAUCGAGAACAAGAGGCCAAAGGUGAUGACAGCACCAGCAAUGGCUAUGGUAUUGCUGAUGCUGAAAGAGCAACAGCAGCCCCCAAUACCCCAUCUAAGACCACAUACUGGCAAACACUGAAACCCUUCAACGGCCGCAAGACAGACGAGAGUUAUUGGAAACUCCUCCUUCGCCCAAUACCCCUGUUCUUCCACCCAGGAAUCCUAUGGGCCUGUCUAAUCCAAGGCGUCCUAAUCGGCUGGACAGUCUUCAUCGGCGUCGUCCUCGCCGCAAUCUUCCUUGGCCCCCCGCUCUGGUUCACAGAAGUCGAAACCGGCUACCUCUACACCGGCGCCUUCGUCGGCUCCAUAUGCGGCCUCCUCCUCUCCGGCCUCCUGUCGGACUGGAGCGCCAAACUGCUCAUAAAGCUAAAUAAGGGCGUGUACGAGCCUGAGUUUCGAAUCGUGCUGGUCCUGUUCCAGCUUGUGUUUGGCUGCAUUGGGCUUUAUGGAUUUGCGUUCGCCUCGUCGGAUGUGGCGAAGUAUGGAUAUGUGGUUCCAGAUGUGUUUUUUGCGUUUAUCAUUGUGGGGAUGGUCAUGGGGGCUGUGGCAAGUGCGUUGUAUGUUGUUGACGCGCAUCGCCAAAUCGCCGUCGAAGCCUUCACCUGCCUGCUCGUCUUCAAAAACAUGUUCAGCUUCAUCCUGACAUACUUCGCCUACGACUGGGUUGUUCUCGCGAAUCCGAGAACGGUUUUCCUCACCAUAGGUAGUGUUCAGGUUUGCGUGUGUUUGUUGAGCAUACCCAUGUACAUCUUUGGCAAACGCAACCGCUCAUACUUUCAUCGACAUGAUAUCCUCAAGAUGCUAAAUCUGUGGUGA